AUGAUUCCCGGCAGUAGAUCUACAAGUCUGCUCCUCGCAGCGGCGGCGGCGACGGCCCACGCGCAGUCCUGCAGCGUGAACGACCUCACGGUCGACUACCCUGCACCCGAGGCCGCGGAUGGCUGGUCGUACCGUCUUGUCGCCCGUGACUUGACCAAGCCACGCAGCAUCCUCUUCGACUCGGAUGGUCAUUUGAUUGUGCUCGAUGCGGGCGAGGGCAUCUACCGAUUCGGAAUCGACCAGGACGAGGGCGGCACCUGUCUCUCCCUGGGCGACAAGGAGACUCUGCUCGAGAACGAGGAUCUCAACCAUGGCCUCGCUUUGUCCGAGGACGGCGAGACCAUUUACGCCUCUACAGAGAACGAGGUCUACUCAUGGCCCUAUGACGCCUCUCGCAGCAGCAUCAACAAUGAUGAUCGCACAACCUUGAUCACCAACAUGUCCAACACGGACCACACCACGCGGACAUUACUGCUCUCCAAGAGCGAGCCGGUUACCCUCUUCGUCUCGCGCGGUAGCCAGUCAAACCUCGACGACGAGGCUGCGGACAUUGACUCUGGCCACUCGCAAAUCCGGGGGUUCAACCUCACGGACCUGGGUGGCGACGACCCCGUCGAGUACACGGACGGCCGCGUCUGGGGCUGGGGCCUGCGCAACGCGGUGGGCGUGGCCGAGGACCCCACGCACGGCGGCCUCUGGUCCGUCGAGAACUCGGUCGACGAGCUGCGCCGCAACGGCGAGGACAUUCACCGCGACAACCCGGGCGAGGAGCUCAACUUUCACGGCUUCGUCAACGGCACCGACGCCCGCUUCGGCAACAACAACUACGGCUACCCCGAGUGCUACGCCAUCUGGGGCACCGAAAACUUCCCCGACCGGGGCGACCUCGUCGUCGGCGACCAGUUCCCCGACGAGGACAACAGCGACGAGACGGACGAGACCUGCAACGAGGACUAUCUCAGUCCCCGCCUCACUUUCCAGGCGCACAUGGCGCCGCUGGACAUUCUCUUUGCCCAGGACGGCCGUGAGCUCUUUGUCUCGUUCCACGGUAGCUGGAACCGCGAGGACCCUGUCGGCUACAAGAUUUCCUCUGUCGCCUUCAACGCGGAUGGCAUGCCCGAGGCCAAUUCAGACAGCCGUAACGGCACCAAGGAUGUCCUCACCACACCUGACCUGGGUAACUGUCCCGACGAGUGCUUCCGCCCCGUGGGCAUGGCCUGGGAUGCGGACGGCAGGAUGUGGUUCACGUCGGAUUCCACGGGCGAGAUCUUUGUCAUGGAGCGCACAUCUGGCGGUGGUGACAACGGGGACGGCUCGGAUGGCGGCGACGAUGAUGGCGACGAAGAGGAUGCUGCUGUCAGCCUGACGCAACCUAGGCUAGUCGUUGCGUUCGGGGCCAUUGUCGUGGGUCUGCUGCUCGUAUGA